AACAAGUGUUUGUUGAUAGAUGGAUGGAUAAAUGAACUGUGGUACACAGGGAAAUUGGAAUGUUAUUCAGCCCUAAAGAAGAAUGAGGACAUGCCAUUUUCCACAACAUGAAUGAGCCCAUAGAACAUCAUGCUAAGUGAACUAAGACAGACACAGAAAGACAAAUAGUGCAUGAUCUCACUUAUAUGUGGAAUCAAAACAAUUCAAAUGUAACAGAGAACAAAACAGUGGUUAGGAGAGAGGGAAGCAGAGGAAAUGGGGAGAUGUAGGUAGAGGAUACAGAACAGAUAUAUAAGGUGAACAAGUCGCCUCUUUUUCUGGCUGGAACCAUGGAGGGUAUAGAAGAGAAGAAGGUUCCUGCUGUGCCAGAGACCUUAAGAAAAGGUGAAAGAAUUUCUCAGAGCUGAAGAUCAAGUACAGGAGAGAGAAUUUUGCCCAAAAGAUACUUUGAAAGGCAAAGAGGAAGCUACCUAUGAAAAAAUGAAGCACUAUCACAGGAAAUAUAGGCAGAUAUACAGAACUGAAAUUCAAAUGGCUAGGAUGACAAGAGAAGCUGGCGACUUCUAUGUACCUGCAGCGCCCAAAUCGGCAUUUGUCAUCAGGAUCAGAGGUAUCAAUGGUGUGAGCCCAAAGGUCCGAAAGGUGUUGCAGCUUCUUCGCGUCUGUCAAAUCUUCAGUGGAACAUUUGUGAAGCUCAACAAGGCUUCAGUUAAUAUGCUUGGGGUAUAUAUUGCAUGGAGGUACCCAAAUCCGAAGUCAGUAAAUGAACUAAUCUAUAAACAUGGUUAUGGCAAAAUCAACAAGAAGUGAAUUGCUUUGACAGAUAACACUUCGAUUGCUCAGUCUCUUGGUAAAUAUGGCAUCAUCUGCAUGGAGGAUCUGAUUCAUGAUUUGUAAUGUUGGAAAAUGCUUCAAAGAAGCAAAUAACUUCCUGUUGCCCUUAACAUUAUCUGCUCUAUGAGGCAGAAUGAAGAAAAUGACCACCCAUUUUGUAGAAGGUGGAGAUGCUGGCAACAGGGAGGACCAGAUCAACAGGCUUAUUAGAAGAAUGAACUAAAGUGACUACCAUGGUUAGUUUUCUAAGCUGGUCAGUUAAUAAACAGUACCUGCUCUCAAAUUGGAAAAAAAAAAAAGAUGAACAAAUGGAGAUCUAAUGUGCAACAUGAGGACUCCAGGAUCGUGGAGUGAAAAUAUACUGGAAUAUUUUCUGAGAAAUAACCAGAUUACCACAGAAGAUGGCGCUGAGAUCACCUGGUAUCAUGCAGCUAACCACAAGGCACAAAUGAAUGAGGCACUGAAAAGUACCGCUCACAUGAUAGAGGCUGAUGUCCUUCUUCCAAGUGAUGGGGCAGAACACAGCCAGCCAAUUAUGGCCCAUCCCCCUGAAACAAACAGUGAUAAUAUGCUACAGGAGUGGCUGACUGAAGUUACGAAAAGCAAUAAAGGCAUCAAGCUGGAUUUCAAGAGUCUGGCAGCUGUAGAACCAUCCAUGAUGCUCUUGGAAAAUAUGAAGAGGCAUCUGAAGCGUCCUGUAUGGAUUAAUGCUGAUAUUCUUCCUGGUCCAAAUGGAAAUAGCAAAGUAAUAGAGGCAAAACCAUUUUUAGACAUCGUGACAUCCUUCUUUCCAGACGUGACAUUUUCCCUGGGCUGGACAACAGGAUGGCAUCCAGAGAAAGUCAAUGAAGGGUACAGCUGGACCAUGGUGAAAGAGAUGGAAUAUAUAUGUAAUGAACUAAGUCAGCCUGUAACGUUCCCUGUCAGAGCUGCAUUAGUCAAGCAGUCUUGUUCUCAGUUACUUUGGCUGUUAAAGAAAUCAAACAGGUACAGCCUGACUAUUUGGACCGGAAAAAAUGAUAACUAUUCCAUUGAAGAUUUACUUUACAUUAGAGACCAUUUUGACAAAAACCAAGUUUUCUAUGACAUUUUGGAACCACAAAACCAUGAAUUUAAACAAGCCAUUGGAAUCAAAGUUAAUCUCUAAGAAGAUUCUCCUCAAUUAUUUCCGGUGUUUCGGUUUCAUAAUCCUUCUCUGCAUUGGUCUGAAUUAAUUACCAUGGUUAUUGGUUUAUGUUCAAGUCAUCUAAUCAAGAAACACUUAUUGUGUGCUUACUUAGUGGGCAUAUGUCCUUAUAACAGUGCACUUACAUACAAGAUUUGGAAAGAAGAGAUUUAUUUCCACAUGUGGCCUAGUCUAAUAAUAAUUCGGGAAAACGAUACUCUGCACGCCUUUAUAAAAAGUAGUUCUGAUAAACUGAAGAUAAGGCAGAAUCUGUAUGUCAUAAAACAGGUAUAAAUCACAUUUUCUUGGCACUUGCUUUGCAGAGAUUAUGAAAAAGAUGGCACUUUUCCUUUUUCCUAGAAAACUGGUUAUUUCAGAGAUCAUCAAAAAGGAAGAGGGCUUUUAAAAUGUUUUUAAUUUUCACAGGGGUGAGCAGCUGUCUCAUAUCAAGAUCUAUUAAGCCAUUUCCUGAAACUAUAAAUUAGAUAGAUCUAGAAUUUCCAUAUGAUUAGGAAGCAUACUGGUGGCUAAGUAUAUUUUUAUAUUUCUUAUUUUUAUAAUAUCUGAUUUAUAGUGAACGAUAUAGUGUUAGAGAGAAGUUUUAGUCUUUGUAAUGUAUCAUUUGUUUUCCAAGUUUCUUACUGCCACUACCUUCACUCAGGUGCUUGUUUUACUACUAGAAUUUUAUUAACUACUUUUUUCAUGGCUUUAUUUCUCACACUCUACUCAGAGAUAACCUGAGUUUGUGAGUUUUUCUGCUAAACAAAACUUUCUUUCUUCUUCUUCUUCUUUUUUUUUUUUUGGAUGGAGUCUUGCUCUGUCGCUUAAACCUGGAGUGCAGUGGUGCCAUCACGGCUCACUGCAACCUCCGUCUCCCAGGUUCAAGUGAUUCUCCUGCCUCAGCCUCCUGAGUAGCUGGGACUACAAGUGUGCACCGCCACGCCCAGCUAAUGUUUGUAUUUUUAGUAGAGAUGGGGUUUCACCGUGUUGGCCAGGCUGGUCUUGAACUCCUGACUUCAGGUGAUCUGCCAGCCUCUGCCUUCCAAAGUGCUGGGAUUACAGGCAUGAGCCACUGCACCCAGGCAAAACUUUCUUAAAUACCUCUUUCUUUAUGCCAAAUCAAAGACCUUCGAAGGCUUAAACUCAAUUUUACUCAUUUUUCCUCUUUCAAGACCCUUCAUAAUGGAGUCCCACCUGAAUGUCAAUUUGUUGUGCUCCAACACCGUUCUUCAUUAAAAAAAUUUAUUCAACAUCA